AUGGCAGAGCACACUCAGGGCUCUGCGGCGGCCCACCCCACAGCGUGGAUCUACCAGGACCUGCCGCCUAAACGUUUCCAUCUCGGGGGCACUGAUAAAACCGGCAUGCCAUUUGCUUUCGGUGGAAUUAAGCCCACCGCUCGCAAGCCCGCUCCACCUCUUCCUCUCCCACCCUCCUCUUGUCUGCUGCAGCUAACUGGGCAACUGCGAUUAACCCUGACACUGUCCAAUAUCCUCGGCAGACUCCUGCCCGCAGAUUAG